AUGUGGGUGAAUGCCGAUGAUUGUACACAAAAAACGUGGGUAGACAAUACAGUUACAUCUCAUAGGGACACAUUUCUCAAGGGAUUGACGUGUGGUACUACCAACGCAAGUGGCAAGGGAAAACGAAUUAUUGUAGUUCACAUUGGCUCUGAUGAAGGAUUUGUACCUGGUGGGCUAUUGUUAUUUGAGUCCAAAAAGAAUUCUAUUGAUUACCAUGAAGAAAUGAAUGGUGAGACAUUUUUUAACUGGAUUAAAAAUAUUAUUCCGUUGUUAAAAAAAAAUGCUGUUGUGGUAAUGGACAACGCCUCGUACCAUUCCGUUAAAAUUGAAUCGUGUCCUACAACGAAUUGGCGAAAGGCAGAUAUUGAAAAGUGGUUGUACGAAAAAGGUGAAACAUACGAAAAACCUAUGGUUAUACCACGUUUAUUGGAAAUUGUAAAGCGGAUCAAGCCUAGAUACGAUAAGUACGUCAUUGAAGAAUUUGUAAAAAACUAUGACAUUGGAAUACUUCAUUUACCACCAUACCAUUGCGAGCUCAAUCCUAUUGAGCUCGCGUGGUCGUCUGUGAAGAACCAUGUUAAAAUGAACAAUACGACAUUCAAAUUAUCUGAUGUUCAUAAACUUUUAAUUGAUGGCGUUGAACGUGUCACUCCCAAUAUGUGGAAAAACUUUGUCGAGCACACCAUAAAGCAAGAAGACAAAUUUUUGGAAAUCGAUUUUAUUGUUUACGAUGUCAUGGAAAACAUGGGCUCAACCGUUAUGACUAUAACAGGCGAAACUGAUUCUGACUCAGACUGUACGGAAUAA